GGUAGCAUUUUAUUCCGUUACAAGAAUUUUGUUCGUUUUAUUAUGUAAACUGUGGACAAACAAGUUUAGUUGAGUUCAUUGGCAUUAAAAUAAUCUCUAAAUGUCUUCGUCGAAGUACUUAGCGCCCUCGAGAAGCCCACUAAUCUGCAAAUAUCACUGGAAAACGGAAAAAUCAAAUUUCCCGUGAAUUUAUCGUGAUGUCGUUAAGAAGUGCUUUUUCCUCGAGACAGAGCGACUGUUGUGUUCUGCUGUCCCGAGUCUUCCAGUCCAGGAGGUGCGUUCAGCAGUGAGGGCUGCCGGGAACCGGCUCAAACCUGUCCCCAAUGGUCCGUUGAAACACUUUUCGUGCAUUCCAACAGAACGUCUACUCAGCACAUUCAUUUAUCGCUCGCUAACGUGGACAAAUCCGACAAUUACUUCAGUAAGAUUAUUGAAUAUCGUCAGCUAUGACGGCUACUAAUUACCUCCGCGUGAAUGUGUAACCUUGACAGUUGUUACAACGAGUGAAUCAACGGAUUAUCAUCCAGGGUGUCCAUCCAUCUCCAAUACUCCCCUGACAAUGAGUAACAUGAAAAAUCGCCACAACUAAUUCACUUCGACAAUUGCGGGUCGUUCUAUCAAUGAUAACGAGAGUGAAUUCCCGGGAACAUGGAGCGGAUCCGUGGGAAUCGACGGCCGGAAGAUAAACACAGUGGUUUUUAUGGAGAUGGAAAUAAGAGAGUUGAAAGUGCCUCAGUCAUUGCGUUACCAGUGGAUGAUGUCAGGAAAAAUUCACCGAUUAAUAUAUUAAAGAGGAGUAUACGUCGCGCUUGGACGAUCAAUGGACCACCGGGCAGAUGGACUAUUUCCCGAAAAUCUCCAGCUUUCAGAGUUUAUCGAAGUCUCCCAUUAAGUAGAAACAAUCGCACCAGUGGCGAGUGUAAGAUAGAACAUGCGGAAUCCCUGAAGGCUGAAAUUGAGCAUAAGGUGUUGGCUCUUAAAACAGAAUCAUUAAACUUGAGGAAUAAAUCGAAUCCAGAUGGAAACGAAGACGAUAGUGCCCCAGCUCGUGGUACACUAGCGAAACCGACAGGGAAGAAUUUGCAAAAAAUCAUCCCCGAAUCGAAAGCGUCGCCGAAAUAUGGAGAGAGAAAAUCGAACAUACCGAUUUAUCGACGAAAUUCAAGGGAAUUCGAGGACAUUAGUAGUCCCAGAGAGUCACCGAGACGUUCGCUCAUUCCCCAGAGAUACAGAGGGAGUACAGACGACCUGAGGAGGUACAGAGAGGAUAGCAACAUCCCCAGUCUCAUUCCAAAACUCGCGCAUAAAUUUAAGGACGAAAAACUCAAGCGAGAAAAAUUCGAAGCAAAAUCUAGCCCCAAUAUAAGGAAAGAAUUAAGGGAGCGGGAAGAAUCUCGUCUGAGAUAUUCUCCAACUAAUUUCCGAAGGGUUCCGAAGAGUGAAGAGAAUUUAUUACUGCUUAAGCCACAACUAGGGCCUUCUCUUGAAGAUCCAGAUCCGGGAAAUCUGAAACAAGAAAUUGUGAAAGAAGUAAAACAAGAGGAUUUUAAAGCCGAAGAGAAAUUUGUCGAGAGCCGACGUACUUCCGAAACUUCAAGGAUGGCAAAUGAGAAGAUUGUCAUUGAAGAGUGCCAUGAUGUCAAGGAUAUUUCGAACGACGAAAAACACACCUCUGGGGACUCUUCGGAGGACAGAGACUCUGGAGAGGGUGAAAAGUCUUCAGGUGAUGUGAUGGAUACAUCGAAUACUUCUACUGCUAGUGACCUCGAGACUUCUGGGGUCACCAUUGAGGAUAUUAAAAAUAUGCCUGAUGCGAAUCUGUUCAAGAAGAGUGAGGAAAUACAAGUGAUUCGCAGAAAGUAUUCGAAGGAAGAGUUUUCCAACACUGAUGACACAGACGACGCACCAAAUCGUCGCUCCUCCAGCCAUCUGUCACCGGAAGCCAGCCCCCUCAGUACUCGUUCAUCCAGGUACAGUCCACGUGAAAGCGAGAGUGAACCAACGCCUGCAUUACCACGAAAAACCCAGAGUGGCGAGUCAUCUAUAUCAUCGCAGAGAAUAAGAGACGCUAUUACGAGAACAAGAAGAGAGUCUAAUAGUAGUACGCGGUAUGAGAGCAGUGGUAGUGAGAGCAUAAGAUUAAGUGAAUCCGGAUUACACGGUUACGUAGACCUAGCCCGCAAAGUCCGAUUAUUCGAUAGCAGUCACUGUUGUCCAGGGACCUCAAUUGACCAGCCACUACAAAGAGACAGUGCCACAAGUGCUGGAGAAGAUGAGCCACACGAGGACUUUUUAUCCCGUGAUCCUGGGAGACUAACAGGGGCCUCCACCCAAGGAAGGACGAUACUCCGUAGACGAAGACAAUUCGAUGCCCAAGGUUCCCGUAGACGAGGCAGAUCACACGCGAGAACCUGCUGCAGUGAGGAAUUCUCGAGCCUCCAGGCAGGACGUCAAUGCAGUUCGUCUCAGGGGCAUAUUCAAACACACGGCCAGGAUCAACUCAAUCCCGAUUAUCGACGUUUAGUGUUUAUCAGUUCGGAUUCAUCAUCGGGGAGGGAGGAGGAUGAUGCUGAUAGCAGUUGCUCUGGCUCUUCUUACUUGAAUGGCUUGCCGAGGGGCAAUCAUGCACAAGGACUUGAGGAUUGUGAUUGGGAUUACUUUGAGAGUGGUACUUUACCACUGCCAACUAGUUUGAGUGAUGGUAUUAAUAUUGAUGGCAUUACAAACGUCGGUAGAAAUACUAGGGGAAUCAUUAGAGACUGGAGUUGCUGCCCUGGGAGAGGAUCUGCUGCUUGUUCGACUUGCGGAGGUUCCACAAGUGCAAACGUUCUCCCCGUGCCGGUUCCCAUUCCUGUCCCCGUCCCCUAUCCGGUUCCAAUUCCCGCGGCUCUCUGGAACGGCGAUUUCGCAGCAGCGGCCUCAUCAAUGAUCACCGGAAGUGCAACUCCAGAGGGAACUCUGCGUCUCCGAGGUGAUCCCUCAGCCCCAUGGUUCUCCUGGCACCCAAGAUUCACCCACUCCCUCGAUGGCGCUGUCCAAAGAGGCUCGAGAAUGCCCAGUAGUGGCUUCGACCCCUCGAUCUUCACUUUCAGACCCGAUGGAUUGUCCAUAGGUCAAUUCGACAACAUCAGACAAGGAAGCCUGACAGAAGCUGCCGUCCCCAAAGAAGAAAAACCCGAUGAAAAAUCGCGAUCCGACAGAAAUGAAAAACCACCUGAUAACAAUUCACCAUUCAAAGACCAGACCUUGAGUAAACCUGACUCAGCUCAGAGUCUCUCCGAGCCUUCUAAAGCAGAGAAUUCCAAUUUAGAGGAGACAUUAGUCUCCUUCAAAGAGUUAGACUCUGAGAAAGAAAAGACAGAAGAAUCCGAAGAUCCAUCCCUGGACAACGAGUCCAGAAGAGCUUUCUGUCUCUCUCGCGAUGAUUCGGGCAGUUCCUCAGGAAGAUCUUCGGCCGACAGUAGUGAUCUCGACGAGUCUGCCUCCCAUCACUUCUCCCGUGUCUUCGUUGUAAACGACGAUUCCCUAACAAGUGACAAUGACAUGGAAGAGAUCGACGAGAGCAACGAAGCAGAGAGCCAAGACCAACAAUCCGGAAUCACCCUGAAACGAGUGAUUCCUCUGUCAGACGACGAGCAACCCGUUGUUCUUCGUAGAAUAAGACUCAUCGAUAAAGAUUUGGAUUGUGAAAAAACUUCAGGCGAUUCAGAGACAUCAGGCGAAUGGAUGACGUCGAGAGAUCUAGACCACGACGAUAAAAACCCAUUGAGAAAUGAUGGUGAAAUAUACCUCGCGGAUUCGAUUGAUUACUCCGAUAACAAUCACGUUCAACUGAGAUCGAUUAAAAACAUAAACCCGGAGCUGUUACACCCAGCAGUCUACUCUCUGAGCAACAAUCAGAGCAACGAGAGUGAUAAUUCGACUUUAAUUAAUCCAGAAGAUCAACCGGAAGAGAAAUCCUGGGAUUCUACGGUCAUGCCAGACUCUCUCGAGGUGGCAAACACAAGCCUGAUGCACUCGCACUGUUCGCCCGACGCAACCAACAGUACGUCUCCGAUAAUUCACGAUAAUUUAUCAAAAGCAAGUGAUAAGGUAUCAGUGACCACCUGCAAAUCCCAGGGGCUCGAGGCCUGUUCCAAAGAAUCUAAAUUAAAUUCAAGCACAGAAAGCAGUGAAGCGAAUACUAGUGAAUUCAGCAGCGACGAGUUACACGAGUACGAUGUUACAAGUUACGUGAAGCCACCAGAACGUUUCGUAGAAAAAUUGUUGAACAAAGGUGUGCUCAGCACGCCAGAAAAGGGUAGUGCCGGAACAUCUGAUGAAUUCGUGCACAAAGCAACACCAUUUCCAAAACGUCCUCUACGACUGUUCAAUAACGAAGGACUGAGUAGUCCAACUAAAGAGCCUACAAGCCCUAAACACUUUACUGAGAGGAAACCGGACACUCAUAAAUCGGGGAUAAUUGACAGUGGGGUAGUAUUGGCACACAAUGAUGAGUCGCGAGGUAGGGAAUUAAAUUUGAACGAAGACUUUCAUGAGUACGAUGUUACGAGUUACGUGAAGCCACCAGAACCUUUCGUGGAACAAUUGUUGAACAAAGGUGGAUUUAGCACGCCAGAAAAGGGUAGUGCCCGAACACCUGAUGAAUCUGUCCACAAGUCAACACCAUUUCCAAAAAGCUGUGUACGACUGCCCAAUAGCAAAUCAUUGAGGUCAACUGAAAGUUCCAAAACACCUGAAAACUUCAUUGCGGAGAAAUUCACUACUAAUGAGACAGGUAUAAUUGACAGUGGUGUAUCGACUCGCAAUGAUGAGUCGAGAGAUAGGGAAUUAAAUUUGUCGUGUGUUGAGUCGGAUAUGCGUGAGGGUAACGUUACAGUGAGAGGCGAGAAAAUCGACGGUAUACAGGUGGGAGAUAGCGAGGACGUUGAUUGUGAGUGUAGUGGUGGUAGUGGGGAAAGAACGGUGGAGCGGGGUAAGUCACGGUAUCGUUCAGUCGAGCGACGCCCGCCCACUCGUAAAGAGAAUGGAGAAUUUUCACCAACAAAUACAUCGUGCGUACAACAGCCCGUUAAAACGAGUAAUUUUGGGUCUUGCAAUAAGUACAAAAGUCUCGUUAUGAUAACACAGGGUACGUAUCAACCAGUUAGUGUUAUAACUAGUGAUACAACAACACUGUUGGAGCCCGAUGAUACGCAAACGCCGCAGGGAUUGGCUGGUUACUACCAUCUGGCGUUGGAGGCUGUCACAGAUACACCGAGAAGUGGACAAGGGCCAAGACGCCCCUUGAUGGUUAAAAGACUGGGUGCAAAUGCUCAAGAACAGGAAAUUGACAGUGGCUUGAGUGUUGGUAGUGCAAGUGAGAGCGAUGAUGUGCAAUCUGUUAAGAAUACGUUGAAUUUUAAUGUUAAGAAUGAUAAUGAGGAGAAAGAGAAAACGGAUCAUUUAGGAAAUAAGGAUGUGAAUAAUUCGAGUGGUGUUGUUAUACUGGAAGAGGGUCUUGCUGAUGAUGACUCGUGGGUGGAAGAGGUGUCACAUGAUGAGGAUGAACAAAGUGCAACUGCCACUGAGGAGAGUUCGGAGGAUGAGUGCAAUAAUCUUGGGGACAGGGAGGAGGAGUUGAGAGGAUAUCAUCGACAGGCCAUUGACUUUACACUUCAUACGAUUGUCGAGGAGUCGUGCGAAGAGAGUGAGGCUGAACCGAGCUUAGGAUCGGGGAAUUUUAAGAAGAGACAGCGGCCACCAUCCACUUCGGAAUUGGAAAAGUAUUUUUUCUUUGGUCUCGGUGGUGACGUCAAUUCUGGUAGUUGUAAUUCAGGAAGAGAAGUGGAUAGUCUCUCGGAGACAUCAUCAAUUUAUUCGGAAGGUCUUGAGUCAUUGGGGCAGGAUGAGAUUAAAGAAAAAGGAAAUGAUUUUUCUAAUUCAUCGAGAUUGGAGAAGUAUUUUCUAUCGGAAUUUCUGGGCUUUGAUCAAGAUCGGAGGGACUCGGAUGGAUCAGUGGGUAGUGAUUCUGAGGGGCGACCCAGUCCUGAAGCUCAGAGGAGAAAGCGAUUGGUGAGAGCAAGGGGCACUGGUAGAUCACACAGUUCUUCUUUAGAUAAUUUAUUAGCUCUCACUCAAAGUUCACAAAAUUUAACCUCACAGAAUUCACUUCAGGACUUGAGUAUGAAUCAGGAUUCACAGGAGACACAGUCAGAGGGAUCAUCCACUGAGACUGAUGGAGCUGAGGAUGGUCUGACUCCUGUCUUCGGAACUGAUGGACAAUUCGACACAGUGAAACGAAAGAAGAAGAAACCGAGGAAUUUAGGAACUCAGAGCCCUCGAGUCGUUGAAGAUAGGAAUAAUAAGAGUCCCGAACCUCGUGAGUCAUCAUUUGCCAAAUCCUCUGAGACUCUCACUAACGAUAUGGAACAGCUCAUACAGUCUGAUGAUGAGAGAUCGAAAACACCUCAACCAGAGUUAAACAGUUUCCCAUCCUCCUCCACAUCCACCUCAUCAUCAUCCUCAUCGAGUCCAGAUAGUGGAUCUACCUUUGGUGACACUCGAGGCAAGCAACAGUCAAGGGACUCUGGCUUCGUGGGAAGUUGUGAUGAUCUCCUUCAGCAUCGAAAGUCCCCCACCGAUCCCAAAUUCGAUGGAUCCAAGGAUCACUCGGCGAGUCAAACUAAGAAAGAUUCAGGAACAAAGUCGGAUUUAUCCCAUGCACAAAAUGGUCUUCCUACUAGCAAUCCUUCACUGUCUCGAAAAGAUAGUUUUAAUAACUGGUCCAGUGACGAGGAGACAAAUCUCAUGAUGUCGAAGAUGCGACAGUUCUUUAAGACUAUGGUAGCUAACUCUAACGGCCAGCCAACGACUCCUGCAAGCAAUUCAAGCGGACCAUCACCAGUUCCAAGCCCCAGAUUAUCAGGUUUUACAUCCGCAAAAGCAAGAAUGUGCCCUCAAAAUCGAACAAAACCACCGCAACUAGUUUACUUUGAGAACGAGCUAACAAGACUGAUGAAAACAGUACCGGGAAUCAGAGACGAACAAGUGCGGGAGAUUGUUGAAUACCUGAGUUCAGAGGACACUUGGUCGGACUCGUACGACAGCUCAGACUAUACAAGCUCCGACUUAGAAGGUGCCGGUGGUAGACGAUCAGCUCUUCAAGAACAAAUAUCCCAGAGUUGUCAGCAGAUAAUUUCUAAAUUCGAUAUGAACUCUGACACUCCCGAGAAGGAAAAAGAAUCCUCAGAGAAUCCACUGAAGCCACAGUCAUCAGUGGGUCGAGACACAGCCUUUGUCUACCAGAAACUGGUGCAAAGCUUCACGAAGAUGACGGGUGACGGUGUGUCGUCGGACGCCUCAUCAACACCUCACAGCAGUCCCCCACUGAUUGCUAAAGUCAUGCAUCACAUUGGCUCACGACUGGUGGCCUUGAUGCACGAAGUAUCCGAGGGCACAUCCACAGUUCAACACCAUCCAAAUUGGCGUCGUUACUCCCAACACCACAGAACCCCCUCAUCCGCAUCAACUACCGAGGAUGACGAGUCAACGUCUGACUCAACAGCCCCGACGAGUCACUUUCAACUACCAAGAUCAAAGUCCCACGAUCCUCUGUUGCUGAUAAACGGGCAUCCGGCAGCAGCGGCUGGGCAAGAGGGUGAGGAGAGAGAGGCAAGUGAUUAUGAGAGAUUCUCAUGGCGUGGUAGUUUUGAAUCAGCACUGAUGGCCGCUGAUUCCAGAACAAAAUUGAGUCUUCUCGCUUGUUCUGGCGAUGUUAAUGCUAGCGCGAGUGCAAGUGCAUUAGCAAUGGCUGCCAAACGAAGGAGUGCUGGGGAUCUACUGUUUAAUCCGAAGAGUUUCUCAAGGGAACAGUUGGACAGGGUGAGAAGUUGUGGCUCCAUUGGUGGGGGCAACGGUACUGGUAGUGGUGUGAGUGUUGGGGGAUCGAUUGAAGAGAAGAUCUGGAGUAAUAGGAGAAGAUCAUCGGUGCCCGAUGCCAACACCAAAGGAGAAUCUGGGGCAUCGGCUGGAGAUGAAGAUACUGAGGACGAGCUGGAGUACACGGGAGAUCCUAGAGCAACUACUCUACCGAGGGGAAUGCAGGUGACCACCAGUGUUAAUGCUGCUACCAAUUCGUUACCAAGACUACCAGCUUCCAAUACAACUGGAGGUGCCAAUAUUAUGACUAGUACGUCAAUGCAUAAGGCACAUAGCAUGUAUCAUUUUUUGCCACAACACACAAAUGUCAAGUCAGCGAGAUACAGACCCCCAGGCUUUGCCCGGAAUUCAUUGAGCAAUUCAGCUGCUGGUACUGGAACCGUUGGACCAAAGCGGGCAUUCAGUGCCCCCGGACUGCAAAUACCAGGUUCACAAGCUGCUGGAAAGAGAGAGUCUUCUAGAUCGCGUAGACAACAAGCCAUUUCGCUCGCGCCAGACGAUGGAAGUAGUUUGUCUGAAGCGUGUAGCACGCCAAUAAUAGGUGCAAGCCCGAGGUCAGCCUCCAGUCGCACAGUCAUGGAUAUUGAUGACACGGAACGUGGAGGCCUACACUCGGCACAUCAUUUGAAUACACGGGCAUCAUUAUCUAGCCUUGGGGCGAGGUCUGACUCAAUGGCAUCGGUGUACAGUGGCGCCGGUGAAGGCAGAUGGUGUGGAUCAGUGGCAGUCCGUGGUGAAGUAGAAUUCUCCCUCCAAUACGACUACAAACAGCUAACAUUCGAAGUGCACGUCAGCCAGUGCAAAGAUCUGGCACCAGUUGACAUAAAGAGAAAUCGUUCUGACCCUUACGUGAAAGUUUACCUUCUCCCUGACAAGUCAAAGGGUGGAAAGCGAAAAACGAAAGUAAAGAAACACACGUUGAAUCCGGUCUUCGAUGAAACACUAAAAUUCCAUAUUGGAUUGAAUGGAUUGGAGACUAGAACACUGUGGCUGACCGUAUGGCAUUCGGACAUGUUUGGCAGAAAUGAUUUUCUCGGUGAAGUGAGAAUGCCGCUUGAGAACAAAAUAUUUGAUGAUCCAACGCCAAGGUGGUAUCCCCUUCAAGAGAGAACCGAGCCAUUUGACGAUCCUAUUGCUUACAAGGGCGAAGUUAUUGUUGGCCUCAAAUUUGUUCCACCAGAUCCGGCGCAAUUGCAGGAGAAAGAGAAUACUAGUAGCGAGAAGAGUCAUGCGAAGGGAAAGAAAAAUUGGAGCCGAGGGGGACUUCAUGUGCUCGUUAAAGAGGCUCGUAAUUUGCAGACUCGAGGCAAAAAUUCCGGCACAUGUGAUCCCUUUUGCAAGAGCUAUUUGUUACCAGACAAAGGCAGAUCAGGCAAACAAAAGACUGGGGUCGUUAGACGAUCUAAUGGCUCGCCAGUUUGGGGUCAUACUUUUAUUUACAAAGAUGUUAGUAUUCAGGAGUUGGCUGAACGUGGACUCGAAUUGACUGUUUGGGAUCAUGAUCGUAUUGCGAGUAACGAGUUCUUGGGAGGUGUUAGAUUUAAUUUGGGAACUGGUAAACAUUAUGGGAAACCAGUGGAUUGGAUGGAUGCGACUGGACGAGAGCUCUCACUCUGGCAGAGUAUGCUGGAACGACCAAAUUUCUGGGUCGAGGGUGCAGUUACCCUGAGGCCCAAUUUACACAAUCACGGAAAGAGCACUGUGUCCUGAAUUUUUUAUCUAUCAUCUCUCGCGAUGAAUAAAUUUGGCCAAAAGUACUUCAUAAAUCCGUCCCUCCAGCCAGGCAUUCAUUCCAAGGUUGAGAGAUAUUAAUGUGGACGAUUUCCUCCCUUUGUGAGGAAAGCAUGCUUCCAUUUUUUUGUAUGAUAUCAAAGGGUAAAUGAAUGAUUCGAUUCACUUUAUCAUUAUUAUAUUCAACAUUCCAUAUUAGGGAUAAAUGAAAUCAUGUAUUUGGGGUAAUUUUAAUACCGCUGAUUUCAAUCAAUUUCUGUACUUAUAAAUAGAUAAUAUAUUUAUACUUAAUAUGCGUUCAUUAUAAAAAUUAUACACAUUUAAAAAUAUUAGUGUAUUAUCCAGAUCGUUUCAUUAUCGUAGAAAACUGGGUAAUUGAAAUUCCAUAAUUUGUGAUUAAAGGCAUGAUUUAUAGUAUAAUUGUUUAAAUUAAGAGGUUUUUCUCUUCGUAAAUAGUGAACAGUUAUUGAAAUUAAAAUUUUUGAAAAUACUUAAGGCAUAACAGGGUUAAUCGGAAAAAUACAGCCUACGAAUUAAUGCCAAUUCCAAUAAUGAUAAGGAAUUAUAUAUUUAGUAUUUGUAAGAAAUUAUUGUGCUAAAAUUGGACCAAUUAUCUCAGGAUAUUUACAUACAAAUUUGAUAAAUGGACUUUGUACGUAUGAGCAUUGUAUCAAUUGUUACCAACCAAUUUUUCUCGUAUAUAUUUUUCCGUAAAAAAUUUAAUCAGUUCAAUUAUGCGGAAUAAUCAUUGGAAUGGAUUUGUUAAUGUCUAGUGCAUUUACCAGAGUAACUGGAGCACGAAUAAAAUGAACUUUUAUACCUGUA